AUGGAACAAAAUAACAAUUUCGUUCCUGUUUCAUUUGGAAAAAAUGGGGCCAGUGGUCUAACAAAUGAUAACACCAAGCCAAAAAAUGCAUUGUUUAGAGAAAAUAGAGACGAAAUUUGUGUUCCUUACGAAGGAACGAAAAGAAUUUUAAAAGAAAUAGGUCCAAUGCCACCUAAAAGGGCUACACCACCUCCUUUUCCUGUUACUCAAGAAUUUCAAGUUGGUCAAAAUGAAAAACCAAUUACUUCUCUCAAAGUUAAUGAUACUGGCUUUAAGUUUUAUACAGGAGGAGAAAAUAGUACCAUUUUUUACUUUGAUUUAUCAUCAAUGAAAGCAAAUGGAGUAAGAUGUCAAAUUAGAAUCGAAUUAGACGAAAAUUACAGUAUAUCCGACAUCGAUACAAACGUAGAUCAAACACUUAUAGCAGCAGCAUCCGGAUCUCCUAUUAUUCGUAUCUUUGAUCCAAAAGGACUUAAAAAAUAUGAAUCUCGACGAGGAGACAUGUAUAUUUACGACACAACUCAUACUUACGGACAUACAGCCGCAGUUACUGGGCUCCAAUUUCGUCCUGGAUCUACCGAUGAGCUUGCAACUUGUUCUCAAGAUGGCACAUUACGUUUUUGGAAGGUCGACCACAUGGAAGAGCAAGUUAUGAUAUACAGAUUAGGAAAACAAGGCGGCAUAAGGUUCCCUGGCUACGCAAUGCGCUGGACCAAUGAUGGAAAUGCCGUAUUUGUUUCAUCCAACGACCAAACUCUUUCAUUAUAUGACAAUUCAGGUAAUUCACGUCAAGCAUCGAUGCAGAUACCUCUUCCCAAUGUCUGCGGCUCGAUUGCUAUUAGUCCUGAUGGAAAUCACGUUUGUACUCGUGAAUUAACUAACAAAGGUGUCCAAUUAUGGGAUAUCAGGAACAUAAAUGAACCAUUAUGGAAUAUCCUUAGUGAUUCACGCGGCCAAUCCAUAUGUUUCUCACCAAAUGGCGAAAAUCUUUUAGUUGGCGAAUCAGUUCUAAAAACUUCGAAAAAAGGUGGAUCAAUUAAAAUUGUUUCCACUUUAUCUGGCGAUCUAAAGGAUGAAGUUUUGAUGCCAUCAAAUGUUGGUGUUAAUGCUUUGCAAUGGCAUGAAUCAACAAACCAAAUUUACGCUGGUUGUAGCGAUGGAAUUUGUCGAAUUUUGUUUGAUAAAGAUUUAUCAAAGAAAGGAGCAUUGAGAGCACUAGAAAACGGUGUUGUAUUCAAGAAAGACACCGAUGAUGCAGUCAUAGGUGCUUUGAUACCGAAAUUCGUCGAUCCAGAAACAGAAAGAGUCAUUCACGGUUUCUGGUUCCCAUUUGCUCCAGUCGAGAAAAGAGAAAAGAGAGCAAAACAACUCCCUGUUGCUCCUCUUUGGGGAGAAGGUUUCAAAGGAAGAAUUGCAACUCAUCCUUUGCAGAAAGAACUCGAAGAACUCGGUGCUGUUGAUAAACCUGAAGAUGAUGACAUCGUGGAAUCACUCAAGAAACACGCAGAUAAGGAUAAAAUUGGUUACUUCACAAAAUAUAGAGAUCCAAACGACGACCAAAAUUAA